AAAGGAGGGAUAAAAGAUAUAUGAAGGCAACACGGGGCUCAUGACAUCGCUUACACACCACAACCUGGCAGUCCUGACAUCCGCAACGCCAUCCUCGCCGGCACCGCCUCCUGCGCUCCGCUCUCCUGGUGGCAGGGAGUGCAGCAGAUGCAUCCCAUGGCCGCCGGGGACCUGAACUCCUGAUCCCUUCGCUGCUGGUGGUAAGGAGAGUCCCUGGCCCUAGCUGCUCGGACGGAUCUGUUCCCCUGUCGCUCUGGCGAUCCGCAACCACAUGAUGUUCCGAAUCCAAUCCGCCCGCCCGCUGGCUCUCUUCGAUUUCUUCCGUUUUGUUUUUUUUUUUUUUUUUUGCUUGCUGCUACAUCGUGCAAGAAACAGGAGUUCUAACUCGUGCGUACCUACCCACUACCAUCUUCGCGCGGAAAUCGUUGCACUCUUCCCGCGUCCCUCGGCGCUCGCCCAUCGCCAUCUUCCCGCUCGCGCGCGCUUGACUCAGCUCAUCGCCAUGGCCGUCGCCAUUUUCCCUGUAUCCUGUAGAAUUUAUUUCCGCCAUGGCCACGCCCAGCGAGCUCAGCGCGUCCGCCCGCUCUCGGCUUGGCGCCUUGGCCGCGCGCACGCGCGCGCAGGCGGCCCCGCGUCCUAUGUAUUGGCCGCAGCUUCCUCUCGUCCGCACACCCUGGCCGUAACAAAAGAAUAAAGCAGCAUGGAUGGGACAAGAGCAGGAUAAAGUAACAUAAAGCAGAAUAGCAGCAUAAAACAGCG